AUGUCUAAUAUUUACGAAAUCAUAGAUAGCACUGGUCUCGAAGAAGCACAAGCGAAUAAAUUAAAAAUUAAUCUAAUGAAAAAUCAUGAUGUAAAAGAAGAAUUGUUUUCGGCCCUUAAAAGUUCCUACCAGACAAAAGAAUCUAAAAUGAGUCUUUUGAAAGAUUUUAUUAAAAAUAUAUCCGUUAUGUCGCUUUGCAAUCUACAAUACAAAGAGCCUGUUCCGUUGCUAUAUACAGAAGGAGCGUCUUGGGAAUUUCAAGAAUCGGAAAAUCUAACAAAAUUAUUAAAAAAGGAAAUAGAAGAUCAUUACUACAAUUUCCAAAACGGCAAACUUGACAAAAACUUGAUCCCGAUUUAUUUGAUUCUAGCAGGUGCUGGAACCGGAAAAUCGCGAACAGCAACCGAACUUCCACAUUUAGUGGAAAAAUGGGUUAAUUCAAACUUAAAGAAUUUGAUAUCAAAAAGACUAGUUUUUAAUAUUUCAUUGGAGAAUGGUACACAACUUGAUCCACAAUUAGAAAAGAAUGCCUCAAUAGCUAUAGGGACAAGAAUGUUGUAUCAACUUAAGCCAGAUGAACAAAAACGCGGCUUUAGUCGUUUUCGUCAAUACAAUCAUGUAACGGCAAGUGAUGUGUUAGAGGGACUCAAAAAUUAUAUGGAUAUACAUAAUAUCAUGACACUCUUUCUCACUAUAGAUGGUCUGCAAACAGCAAUAAUAGAUGAUGGCGAUGGUUUGAAUAAAGAUUCUCUUUUUUAUUCUUUUCUUACAGAAGUUGCAAAUUUAUCUCGAACGAGGUCAACAUAUUUUUUUAUUGGUACUUGUACAGCAACA